ACACAAUCUACGUCCAGGGUUGUCAAUCAAAUCGCGUUUGAGACUGGUGUCGUAUUACAGUCAGCCCGUAGCUAAUUUUAGCGUAAAUAACUUCACCAUAAGGGUAAAUUUGUGUAUGCGUGAGUGCAUCUUGCCCUUUAAGAUUGUGACAUAUAUCUUUUUGUUUCCCUCGAAGGUUCCUGACGUCGAGGGAGCGAUUUACAUGACAUUGGAGUGGGUGGAAGUUCGAUCUUUAAAGAAGUUGUGUUGGUUUACCUGUCGAAACGUUUCGCAAACCUGUUCGAGUUAAAUAUGCGAGGGAAGGAAGUGUAAUGUCUCGGAAUCUUGAGUAUUGUUGGUCGAAUCAUUGCGUGUCGCCCCGCAGAUCUGUUACAGGGAAAUAUUGCAGUGUUUGGCAUCUGCAUGCAACGAAUUUUACCAACUAUCUCUAACAUCUGACAGUGGAACUGAAUUCCAAGAGACUGUAAACGAUCAUGUCUUCUCGCGCGACACAAUUUGACGCCGAAAAAGGGAGACCGGGUGCACGGAGCGCGAGCCAGACGCGCUCUCGAACCGAAGGAAGGUACGAAAACAGCAGAGAAGGGCGAGGGUCUCACAGAGCUCUGAUAGGAACUAGUGAUGUGGAACUAACGGAAGUGGGCAUUUUGCACAAAAAAGCUUACGGGAAAACAAGUGAAAAGACUCAAUUAAGAACCUCUAAGGCGCGCACUCAUGGUAGUCAUGUUUCUAAUUCAACGGUAAUUGAGGGCUCGCAGCAAAGUUUGGACUAUGCCUCACCGCACUUGUCGGGAAGAAGCACACAGGAUCAUUCCCUCAAAGCGAACUCGAGUCCUUACGCUAGCACAGCAGCAGAAAGAACCAUAUUUAUGGAUAACAUUCCAGGGAUACCAGCAAAUGAACAGUUGACUCAGCGAGGCGACCGAGCCGGCCGCACGCUAUUUCCGCCCCCUUCAGUCUCCAACUAUGGACAAAAUGUUACUUAUCCCACUGGUCCUUCAUCUGACGUAAAAAGUUUGCCUAGGGACCCGAACAACACGAGUGAUUUGGUUUUCAGCAAAGCUCCAACGAACAGACACUCGAAGUCGACCCGUCUUAAGAGCCAAGAAGAAACAGAAAUGCAAUGGAAUGCGACCCAGGAAAAUAGCUAUCGUCCUCGAGACGAGCAGAGAAACAGACCUGCCGUGAACGAAUUCCAUUAUGCGAGAACAUCGCGUGGAAGGCGUAAUAAAGAUGGCGCUAAUGUUGUUUACAACGAUGUAAAAUUUUCGGGAUCGAGCCGCCAAAAUGUUUCGCGACGAUCGGCUUCUAUCUCUUAUUCCGAGUCACCAACGGAUAGCCAGGGAUCUUUGACAGAAUCGGAAAGCGAUAUUAGUUCCUCCCCCGACACUUCGCUUAAACGCAGACGGCGCAUUAGGCGAAAGCCGUCCAAUAAGUCGAUUGGUUCAAGUAUGUACGGCGAAGACAAUACCAGCGAGUCAGAAAACCAGAGUAUCAGUGAAUUUUCAGAUACGAACAGUACAGCGCACUCUCUUGGAAAAAGACAAGGGCAGUUUGCGUCCGAAGAACGAAUUCCUUCGUCUUUUGUUAGCUACAAAGAACAGCGAAGUGCUGCUGCCAACAAAAUCCGAUCAAGUAGUUUGACUUCUGUUAGCUCUCUUGAGGGAGCAGGGAUUACUGGGGAUUCUUCUAGAAUCCAGUCACCGCUUACGUCCCCUAAAGGGAAUGGCAUUGCCAAAGUGAGAAAGGUUCAAAUCCGCUCGUUUACUUCGUUUGCCGAUAGUCAUCUUUACAACAAAGAAAACCAACCGCAGAGGAGAAGAUCCCUAGAAGAAAGGGAGCCCAUCAAAAAGAGCUGGGGAAGAGUAGGGACUGAGACUACUGGGAGAGAACAGGUGAGGGUAAGACCCUCCUUAACCAGGCAAGGAUCAGAGUCACCGUCUCUAUCCAAAAGUCCAUUCAGUCUCAAAUCAAAACCGUUAGGGCGGAAAACAAGUAAAGAUUCACACUUAAGUGACAGUGAAAGUAAGUGUAGUUAUGAAAAGGGGAAGGAAAAUUCUACCUUUGAUAAAUCUGUUUCACAGGAGCAAGAAGAGAGGUGCAAUUCGGCACCACCAGCACCUUCCGAAAUUGCUACUAGGGAUUUUAGGGAGUCCAGGUUGCAUUCUAGUUUACCUGAGAGUGGGCUAGCUUCAUUGAGAAGUGCAUUUGUUCCCAUUAAACCCAGCAAAAGAACUCAUGUGGACCACCAACAAGAUCCAUCAUUAGGGACACCUGUCUCAUUUGCUGACUUGAGGGCAGAGAAAGGUGUUUUAAACAACAAUGACAUUAUAUUACAGCCUGUGCCAAGGCAUGGCAAUCGACCACUCUCAAUUGUCCAAGAGACAGAUGAAUUUGUGGAUCUUCAAAAUGAGGAUACUUAUGUUGCUGAAAAUGUUGAAAAACUUUCCAAAAAAUCACAUCUAGCCAGAAGCUCCCCUAUAAGGACAUCUCAAGAUCUUGGGAGAACAUCAUCACCAACUCAUGAUGACAACAAGUCCAAGUUACGGAGAUUGUCCUAUGUAAGGGCUCAGAAAAAUGCAACAGAACUUCCCAAUCACUCUCCAGAUUUAGCUACCUUGCAGCCAUCAGACAUUGAUUCUAAUUCAGAUUCAUCACCUACUCUUUUGGAAAAUUUUUCCGGGGUUCCAUCUUUACGGAUGUUCAAUGCAUACUCGAAUAAUGAUACAAGAAAAGCUCUGAAAGAGUUUGAUCCAAGUGACCCUCAUGAGAUCAUACAUAGUACUAAUUCUCCUGUGGUAGCAGAAGGAGAUUUGAUUACUUUUGAUGAUGAAAAUGGUGAUGUAAAAGAACCAGUCAAAAAGAGACAGAAAAAAAUUUCUCGACCUAAAAUACCAACUAUUUUAAGUGGUGUAGCAGUUGACUGCACUGGUAGUGUUCAACAUUCUCAAGGUGCAAGAGGUAUGGUAGAGGAGAAUGAUAUAUCUUACAACAAAGAACUCUCAGGACUGUUUGAUGAGUCAAACAGUGGUACUGUUGUGGCCCAUGAAAGUGGGGAGGACAGUACUCCCAGGGCAGCUUCUGAUGUAGAAGAAAAUGAAACAGUGGAUGCACUUCACUUCUUGGGAAGCAAAAAGCUGGGCAAAGGAUUACCUGAUUCUUUGUAUGACACUAAGAAUACCAUUUUUGAUGAUGGCAGCCAAAAAGUUCCACCACAUAGGAGACAAUUGAAGAAAAGGGCAUCUCUUCCAUUGAUCAAAACAGAAUUUUACCACGAUGAAGUGAACAUUGUUGAAGAAGCACCCAAACUUGAUGUGGUACAAGAAUCACCUAGCUUACGGAAAGCAGAAACAAUCACUGAUCUUAGUUUGGACCAGAUGCCACACCACCUUGGGGUAAUCUCAUACAACAGUGGUGAUAUGACAGAGUUUCAAGAUGACAAGAGUUUAAAGAGCUGCAGCCCUCCCUUAGGGCCUGUACCAUCACCAAGUCCUAGCCAAAUAAGUUUUGAUGCACUUUCUUUGACAACCAGUGGCUUCAGUGAAACACAUUCUGACCAGGUUAGUACAGGGGAUCUGAAUGCUGUUGACGACCUCCUAGGCAUGGAUGCUACAGGUAAUAUGAAGUCGCUGGAUGCUUGGCGGUCUCAGAGUGACCCUAGCCAUGGCACUCAGUUGGAAGACACUAUUGCUGAGGCAGAGCUCCAGGCACAUCGUAAUAGCAACAGUGAACCAAAUUUAUCUGGAGAGAAAUUAAAGGAGGAGGCUGAGAAGUUGGCUAAAAGGGUAAAUGGUGGAAGCCAAGGUGAACCUAUUCCUAAGACAAGUGUUAUGACCAAAGGCGACGAUGAUGACAAAGAAACUUUGUUGGCAGAAUUGAGUCCAGAUGAUGGAUGCUAUGAUCUGGAUAAACCUGAACGUCGCACUAAACCAGUACAGAGAGCAAAGUCUGCACCAGCUCCAACCACACCCACUUCGCCGAGGCCGCAAAGAAUAGCAAAUUCUUUUGCUGUGGAAAAGGCUCAGGCAAAACUCAACAAACUCUCAGCAAUGGAAACAAUUAUGGAAAUGCCGCAUGCAGAACCAUCCAUAGAAAAACCCAAAGUUGAGAAGAAGCGAAGCCCAUCAGUUGAAGGGAGCUGCACCUCCCCCAACUCUCCAGGGGUUCCAAAAGAGGACAAGAGGAAACUUUCAGUGCCUAAAGAACCAGGAAAGUCCCAAAAGUCUAAGCAUGAUUUGAGAGCCCAUGUGCUGAAGAACUUGGUUGAUACUGAGAUGUCUUAUGUACAAAACCUUCAGUUUCUAGUUUUGAGCUAUUACAAGGCAUUGAAGAAGCAAGAAAACUCUGGGAUUGUAGAGCCAGCACAAGUUGACGAAAUGUUCUAUCAAAUCCCUGAAAUCCUGUUAUGUCACGAGUUUUUCCUUCAGCAACUGCAAGCCAGAGUAUCAGAGUGGCAUGACAAGCAAAAGAUUGGUGAUAUAUUUGUUUCAUCUUUUACCAAGUGUUUCCUGGUGGAUGCUUACAGUGCAUUCAUCAAUCACUUUCUUCAAGCAAGAGCAGCUGUGAGAGUAGCUACUGUAACCAGACCAGCCUUUGUGCGGUACAUGGAGCAAUGUUCCCGUGAGCACAAAGAAAAGCUGACCCUCCAAGACCUGAUGAUCAUGCCUGUUCAGCGAAUUCCACGAUAUGAACUUAUACUCAAGGACAUGAUAAAGCAUACUCCACAUGAUCAUCCUGAUCAUGGAAGCCUUCAGCUUGCGCUGGGAGAGAUAAAGACGUUGGCAGACAGAAUGAAUCGAGGAGAAAAAGAGGUUGAUCAAGCUGAAAGGGAAGCUGAUAGACUCCGAGAACUUGAGGGAACUAUUGAAGGGAUGACAAAUUUGGUGACUCCAACACGUCGAUUAAUCAGGCAAGACUUGGUGGCUGAGGUGAAAGGCUCAAUAACAAAGAAAGACAGAUGCCUGUUUCUUUUCAAUGACUUGCUGGUGUGUGCAACUGUCAAGCGGAAGGCAAAUGCUCUUAGGAGAGGUUCACUAAGCAUAUUUUCGGGAUCUGGUACUGAAUUUAACAAGUACAAACUACUCUGGAAACUUCACCUUGAUGAUGUUGAGAUCUACAAAUCAUCUCCAGAAGCACAGAGACGGAAUAGUCUGGAAAGGCAGUUGGAGAAGCUUGACAAUGAUAUGUCAUUGCUUAGUAGAAUCAGCUCCUUUGCAGACACCCUGACAAUUGCUCACAUGGCCUUAGAUGGGGCUAUUCGAGAACUCAUGAAUGAAGUAAACCGGCAGAUUUCAGAGAAGCAAAUUCCAUUGCAACCUCCAACUUCAACCAAGCUGGAGCUACAUGUCACUCGGGCAGAAGAUGAUGGACCUGAGGAGAAAGAUUUUCAGUUCUUGUUCUUGGAAACAGAAAUAAAGAAUUCUUGGGAGGCUUACUUUGAAGAUGCAAAACAGAAACUUGCCUAUGCCAAAGACACAUUUCCCCCAGAGUUUCAGUAUUGUAUUCCCAUCAAUAAAACAAGGAGUGGAAUGCAGUUCACUUGUUCAUCACCAAGCCAGGUACCUCACAUGCUGGACAGAGGAAAUCACAAUGGCUCUGGAGAUGUGUGGGUUUGUAACAGUGAUGGUUAUGUUGGACAAGGUUGUAUACUCAGAAUGGGUGUGCAGAUUCAGCCGUUUGGUUCGAUAACUGUUUGCAUGUCGAGAAUUCUCUGCAUCUCUCCUGUGCCUGGAACGAAGUUUAGCGGCUUAGAAGCUCUCCAGUCUGAAAGCGAGACCAAAGCCGACACUCAUUCUAUUUCAAUGGGAAGCGAAAAGAGCAGCAAAGCGAACACAACGCCGAAAAUUUCACGUUCCGGUUAUGCGAGCGACGAAGAUGUCACAGGACCUCAGAGAAUCAUGGCUUUUGACAGCAGUUCUGAAGACGAGGAGGGACUGGGACAGGAGAGUUUUCUUGGCGGGAAAUUCAACGACGCAAGCUCUCCGUUUGACGUCGACGGUCGACUUAGUCCCGAAGGCAGCAGUUUGGGAACUAUCGGAAGUGCGGACGGGUUAGACAGUAGCCAGGAUGAAAAUGUGUUUGAGUUUGAGGAAAAUUACUCCAGCGGUGAUGAAAUAAAGGAGAAAGGAUCCCGAAAGCACUCGAAGCGAAGAAUGGGUUCAUCUCGUACUAGCGAAGAUCUCAAAGACAGCUUGUCUGAUAUUGUGAAUUUUGACACCGAUGAGCCAUGUACAGUUUGGCUUGGCACAGAAGAUGGAUGUAUUUUCGUGUAUCCGGCGAAGGAAGCUCAGAAUAAAAAGUCGAAAUUAAAGCUACAGCUUUCAGGAUCAAUUCAGUGCAUAUUGUAUGUUGAUAAUCAAGUCUUUAUUUCACUGUCAACGGGCGACUUGUACAUUUACAGAAGACAACCUGGCUGUGCAUGGGAGGUUGGAUCACCUGUGAUGCUUCAUAUUGGAGAGUCAACAGGAGUCUCUUGUAUGACGGCUAUACACGGCCGAUUGUGGUGCGGUCUGGGAUGUAAUGCUGUUAUAGUCAACACAACCACUUUGGAAGUCGAGACUUCUUUCAACUGUAGCCUGGAUAAGGACCGCAGUGUGUACCGGAUGGCAAGCUCUGGUAUGGGUGUGUGGAUUUCACUGCAAAGUUCCGCUACCGUCAGGUUGUUCCAUGCUACACGCUAUGAGUGUUUGGCUGAUGUUGAUGUGGCUCCACCCGUACACAAAAUGCUUCAAGGUUCCGAUGCAAUCAUCCGUCAGCACAAAGCAGCUUGUUUGCGUGUCACAGCUCUCCUCGCCUGCAAGGACCUUUUGUGGAUUGGCACUAGCGCAGGCGUAGUUUUAACAUUACCUCUGCCAACAAUAACCGCUAGCACGGCUUCUCUUCGUAAUUGCCCAUCGGCGACAGCUUCCUUCCAUGGACAUACGGGACAUGUGCGUUUUCUCACUGCUGUAGAAGCUCCUAAAGAAGGAGGACAAGAUAAUACCAAUGAUAAAAGCUCUAACAGUACCAUAAGCACUUCUUCUUCGACAGCAAAUGCUGCGCUCCCACCUGGCACUUCCGCUGGUCGAGAAGUGUUGAUAAUAAGCGGCGGUGAUGGCUAUGAGGACUUCAGGACGAGCUCCGCCAGUGAAUCCGCUGGACGUGAUGACAGCACGAACCAUCUCCUUAUUUGGCGUGUGUAACCAGUUUGGGGGAUACUGAACCCUUUCGUUCGACAAGAUGUCGCUAGGCAACGUUAGCUAGUUGAUUAGGACACCACUUCAAUUAGUAAACAAGAAUGGAGGAUCAUUUCUUCACUUCCUUUGCGAAGUUAUUGAAGGAAAACGAGGUGCAUUCUCAGCGCCAAAUUUUUACCACAUGCGACCAAAAUUUGAACGUUAUCUUUUUAAAGAAGAAUUCAAAUUAUUUCUAGUAAUUUUUCAGCGGAUGACUUAAAGUUAAUUUAAAGUUUAUUCUAGACGGUUGUGAUCAUUGAAUUUUAAAUUCUCUGCCCGGCGAUUUUUUAUGAGAUUUGUUUUUUGUAAGUCAUGGACGCGUUAGAUUUCUUGCGUGUUGGAUGAAUCUUGCGUAUUUGUCGGAAGUAGCGGAACCAUUUAAAUAGUGGUCAGAAAAGUGUUGCUCAGGGAGUUCGAAACAGGGACUCUUUAAGAGCAUUCGAAAUACAUUGGAUCACAGCAACAGAAGUAUUUUUAUAAGGCAGUUAAUAUUUUGUCAACUUGUACAUAGCUUAUCGUAAAAUUUUGUGCAACAAAAGUGAACGUUCCACAGAAACUUACGAGUGGAGUUCGUAGUGGUACUAUUGCAAGCUGAUUUGUAUAUUUAUGCCAGUUUUUCCCGUGGGGACAAUUAUCUAGACGUAUUUAGAUGCAGCUGUGAAUAAAAAUUUUGAUCAAGAGGCAACAGA